GACGUACCUGGAGGAAGAGUUGACUAAGGCCCGUGAGAAACCAAAGCUGCGUAAGGACAUGUACAAGAAAAUGAUUGAAGUGGAUCCUCUUGCUCCCACAGAUGAAGAGAAUGCCCAGCAUGCUGUCACCAAACCCCGAUACAUGCAGUGGAGGGAAACCAUCAGCUCUAGUGCCAACCUGGGCUUCAGGAUUGAAGGGAUUAAGAAGGCGGAUGGAACAUGUAACACAAACUUCAAAACUACGAAGACACAGGAGCAAGUUCUACAGGUUUUUGUGGAAUUCAUUGAAGGCAACACAAGUAUCCUGAAAAAAUACCUCAAGCGUCUGCAGGAAAUUCAUAUUGUUCUUGAAUCCUCAGACUUCUUCAAGCGACAUGAGGUCGUUGGAAGUUCACUACUUUUUGUACAUGAUGGCAGUGGGAAUGCCAAUGUGUGGCUGAUCGAUUUUGGAAAGACCACCCUUCUCCCUGAUGGGCAGACACUGGAUCACAGGAUCCCCUGGCAAGAAGGCAAUAGGGAGGAUGGGUACUUGUUGGGAUUGGACAAUUUGAUUGGCAUCUUGGAAAGCAUCACUGAAAGAUGA